AAAGGGCUGAAUUGCCAAUGUAGGGGCAUCAGAGAGUGGUCAGCACAAGGGAGAGAGGGAGAGAGAAGGAAGAGAAGGAGAGAGAGAAGGAGAAGAAGGAGAGAAGGAGAGAAAGAAAGAAAGAAAGAGAGCUCGGUAAUGCAGGAAGCCAGACUCGAUGAUUUUAUUUGUCAUCUCAGAAAAGAAAUGAUCAGUAUGAAGGAGGCUGGAGCCUGUCUACGAGACCAGAUGCAGUGCAUGAUGCACGCGCUUCAGGAGCUCAAACAGAUUCACAACAUCAGCAGCCUGGGGCUGAAGCAGGAGGCAGCCCGCCCUCCCAACCCCAAAGUGACCGUUUCCCAUAGUUUCACCUCGGACGUCUCGGAGGCGGACACGUACGAUUCCGCCUGCUGCCUGGCGUCGCCCAGAGACGAGGAGGAGAGCAGCCCAUCCCUCUUCGCUUCGCCCACCAGCGAGAGAAGUCUGGAGUUCGACUCAGGCUAUUCCGAAGCCUCGGGUCCCACACUCACCAAGUCGGCCCGUGUGGGGAGCACCCCAUGCCUGAGAGAAAACAGACUCCCACCUGUGGGCAUCUUGAGGAAUAAAAACGGACUCGGAGCAAACAAAAAAGUGAGGCCCAAGUCAACAUCAGACGUUUACUCCGAGCAAUGCACUUGGAGAAUCUUUGACUGCACGGAAGCCAACGACUGGACAGUGAAUCUGCUGUCUCAGAGCAGGACCAGGCAGCCUCUGGUCUUGGGCGAUAACUGCUUUGCGGACCUGGUGGAGAACUGGAUGGACCUUCCUGAGGAAAUGGAAGAUCCCAGGAAAGGUUCCGGCAGAGAGCACUCGGGCAGGUGGUUGGGCAAACCUCAGGAAUUCAUUCUCAACAUCUCCGGAAACGUCAGGCGCAAACUGGCCAACAUCUCCAGGUCUGACAGGUCAAAGAGCGCAGACCUGAAGCAGCAGAGUGCCAGAGACAACAGCCGAGCACAUGCUCUAUCAAAGAGACUCUCUUGUCCGACAAAUUUGGGUAAUUACAUCCCAAAGCUCUCUUAUCUGCACCGUUCUCACACUAACUUACCCCAGGCACAAGAAGCAUCCACAGACUUUGAUAAAUUUAUUGCUUUGAUGAAAAGCAGGAGUCGGAAACCAAUUAUUUGCAACGACACAAUUAGUUACGUGUAGCAACAAACAAACAAACAAACCAAAGCUUACCUCUUGCUCUCUCUGCCAGAAGCGUACGUUAAUUUCCCCUUUUGUAAUACUUUUGAUAUAACCCAACGUGUAUAUAAUAGUUUAGCUUGUGUAUAUACAUUUUUAUAUUUUAUACAAUGCUUUAAAAUAAACACAAAUGACCUC